AAGCUUAAAGCCUAAAGCUUAAAGCCUAAAGCACCAUUUUCUCCACAAUCACUAAACCCUAAAAAAAAAAACCAAACCUUUGAAUCCUUUUCAUGCUUCUUCUUACAUUCCCCGAUUUCUUUUUUUUUCCUCUGAGAAAGUGACUUCCUUUUGAUUUUGAUUCUUUUGUUACUCUUUCUGCAAUGAUUCCGUUUUUUGAAUUAUGCGUUUAUAAGAAAGCUGAGAUUGGUGUUUGGUUUGUUCAUGAAGUAUUACAAUGGGUGCUCUCAGGAAAAGAAGUGUUUGUCUGAUUGAUUCAAAGGGUUGUUCUAAAUUGUUCCCUGUUUCUCAAUCUCCUCCUCUUCCAAUGUCUCAGUUCAAUGGACCCUUCUCUUCUCUUGUCAUUUGUGUCACUGGUUUAUCCAAAGAUGCGAGAAAGCAAGUCAAGGAAGCGACAGAGAGACUUGGAGGCGAGUACAGUCCUCACCUACACAUGGGAUGUACUCAUUUGGUCGUUCAGAGCUCAUGUGGACGUAAGUUUGAGCAUACUUUGAAACAUGGAGCAAGAAAAGGUCUCUUUGUUGUUACAAUUGGUUGGUUUGUAGAUAGCGUCAAGAGAAACUUCAGGAUGAGCGAAUCACUUUACAAUGUUAAACAACUUGGACAAAAUAGCGAAAAGGUGGAUGAUCUGAUCCCGGCAUUUGAUCUAGAACCUAUUUGUCGUCCACGGCAAAUUCAGCAAGCUGUACGUUUUGGCACAUCAACAAAGGACCACCAAGUAUCUUCUAUUGGAACAGAAUCUGGCACUAGUGUUGACAUGACUCUUGCUGACCAUUGCAUGUAUGUUGAUUCAGACAUUUCAGAUGAACUCCGGCUUAAGGUGUUAAAGGUUGCUGGAGAGCAAGGAGCAAAGGUCAUUGAUUCAUGGUUUAUUGGUUGCAAUGCAAGUCUUGUUGUGUGUGAAGGUGCUUCUAUCCCGAGAUAUCUUGGCCAUGCUAAAACUAUUGUCUCACCACUAUGGGUUCUAAAAACAGUGGAGAGACAUCGACAAAGACUUGUUCAUAUGUCACCUGAUUUAGCCCGACAGUUAGGAUUAAUGCUUGAAAACUUUGAAGAUGGUUCUACAAAGGAGAAAACUUGUGGGGAAGGUAAUUCUCAAGAUGCUACUAAAUUUAAAAGUAAAUCAAAACAACAAAGGAAAGAGACUGUAGAUAUAGCUAAAACCGGGGUUAGGAGACGGCGUACUCGCCACAUGCAGACUUGUCAAAACCCAAUAAGACGCAUAACACAGAACAGCCUGCUGGAGAAUAUUUGUUGGACAAUAUCUGAAGCAGCUUCAACUGCCACUAUUUUUACUGAUUCUUGCAGCAGCAGUGGUAACAUCAGUGAACCUCAGCCUUCUGUUGCACAAGAAGAGAAAGAAGAUAAUGGGUUAGAUCCAGUGGCUUCUUUUUCAAACUCAACCAGAGCACUCACAGAGAUUGAGAAGACGGAAGUGAUAUUUAAAGACAGCUUCCUUACAAUUCUAUUUCCAACUGAUCGGUUCUCGGAGAUGGGACCUUCUUCACGGACCUAUUUCAGUGAUAACGGUUUUACAUGCUUGCAAAUCUUAGACUAUAUCCACAUUUUUUAUCAGGAGAACUUGUCGGAUCAUGAAAUAGAGGUUGCGAUUCACACAGACUCGAGGCACGCUGACCGUCUAAGAACAGUGUAUUGCAGCAGAGAGACAUCAGAUGAAGGAUGCAUGGUUUUCCCAAGAAUAGAGUUACUGGGAAGCAGGAAAAGUUUUGAAAUGCUUAAGCGUGUGAAUGGAGAGAACAACAGUAAUGUUUAUGAGCUCAUGAUUAGAGCUUGAUGUCUCUUUUACAAUACAAAAUUGGAACAAGCUAUAUGCUUUAAAGUACAAACUUUUCCCUUUA